AUGAGAGGGAAAGCCACCUCGAAACGGGCCCGGAGGAAACUGCUCCCUUCCUUCGCAGCCUCUCUCGAGGACAUCUUUACCCACUGGGAAAAAACUCCCUCGAAUUCCAGGAGAAGAAGGGUGAGUGAUGAGGAGACAGUCAUCCCAGAAAAGAUCAGAGUUCCUGAUCCCGUGAGCAGCUCUGAGAGCUCAGAGAAAGAAGAGGAUGAGAAAGAGAAGGCGAAAGCUGCAAGCGCAGCCAGCCUUUCCCUGGCCACGAACUCGGGAGCAAAUGUAGAAAGCAGUGAAGAUGAUGACUCCUCAUCAGAAGAGGAGACACCAGCUGGGAAAGGUGCAGUUGUGGUGACACCAGCUGUGGUGAGUGGCAAAGCUGCCAAUUCCCUGCAUUCUCCUAACAAACCCACUGCCGCAGCCGGCAAAGCGGCGGGGCUCUCUUCUGCGAACAGAAACGAACUCAAGCAGCAGCCCAGUGCGCCAGCUGCAUCUGCAGCUCCGGCCAAGGCUGGGCAGAAACUGCCCGCUCCUGGGAAGCCUGGACAUGCCGCAACAGCCGCGGCCAAAGUAGGUCAAAGCAAAGCACCAGUGACGACCGAAGCGCCGGAAAGCUCCAGCAGCAGCAGCUCCUCAUCAGAGAGCGAGGAGGAAAAAGAGACGCUGACUGUGAAGGCCCCAGCCACCAAAGUUGAGCUGAAGCAGGCAACUGGGGCCGUUGAGAGCAGCAGUGAGGAAUCGAGUGAUGAGACAUCCUCCGAGGAGGAGCCUGCAGCUCCAGCGGUCCAGGCAAAACCAGCUGUGAAAACAGCGCAGGUUAAUGCAGCACCUGUGAAAAGUGCACCUGCUGCUCCAGUGUCCCUCAAGAAGAAUGCAGUGAGGCAAACGGCACCGGCACCAAACCAGACCAAACCCGCAUCCACAACGGUUCCUGGGGCUGCAAAGCCCGAUGACACAUCAGAAAGCAGCGACUCGUCAGACAGCGAUGAGGAACCUGCACCAGUAACCCAAACAAAGCCACCUCCAAAAUCUUACCAGGCCAUCCCAUCCCCAGUGAAACCUACACCAGCAGCAUCACUCUCCGGCAAAGCAGCUCCAGAAAAAACACUUCCGCUGUCCCAAGGCAAGCCAGCACCAAAACCAGCAGUGCCAAAGCAGGCCAAAACCACACUGGGAAGGACUGCUGCUCUCACGAAGCCUGCUGAAAGUACGAAGACCGUGGAGAGCUCUGACUCCUCAAGCGGUGAAGAGGAGGAUGUCCCUGUGCCUGUCAGCCAGAAGAGACUAACAGAACAGCCUGGGCCUGUUCCCAACCUGAGCCAUGCUCCUAAAGCUUGGUUGCCUGAAAAAGCAGUGGGAAGCACCUUGAAAAGCCAGGUCUCAGAAAGCGGGAGCAGUGACUCAUCUGACAGUGAAGAGGAGUCCCCUGUGGCACAGACGCAGCCCGCUUUUCCUGCAGUGAAAACCAGUGCUGUGCCCCAGCCAACAAUCGUAAAGAAGGCACCCGCUCCGGCCCCAGCGCCAGCCCCUCCACCUGUGGACAGCAGCGAUGAUUCCAGCGAGGAGUCGGAUUCAGAGGAAGAAAUAGUCCCCCCUUCGCAGGCUCGUCCUUGCCUAAACCAAACGGUUCCUGUGGGAAAAGCUCCUCCAGCCAGUGAGGCUGCGUCGCUCCUGAGCAGUGCCACUGCCAAGCCGAGGAAGCCAGGCCUGCAGCCAGCGCAGGACGCCCGGCCGAGCCACGCUGCGCCGCCCACCCAGGCAGAGGAGACCUCGGACAGCAGCAGUUCCUCAGACAGCGACGAGGAGGAGACAGCCAAGCAGCCCCCCAAACCUGGCUCGCUGCAGAAACCAAGAGGGACCGAGCCGGCCCACAGCUCCUCCUCGGAGUCCAGCGAGGAGGAGGAGGCAGCGUCGCAGUCCCUCCUCACAGGCUAUCCGGGCCUCACCAGGACCCUAGAAGCACCCCAGGCACCAAAGACGGUUCCGCCCCAGCCUGUAGGCAAAGCGGGGCAAGGGAAACCAGCCCUGGGAUGGCCAGCAGGUUUUUUACUCUGCGGGGAGAACUGGAUGGUCCUCUUCAAAUGCAUAUUUCCAUCCUCCAGUAACUGUGAAAACAAACCCCCUCCAUGGCAGGAAGCCGCAGGAGCCUCCAACAAAGAGAAGGCGGCAGGAAAAACGGAGCCAGGUCAUGCCAGCCUCAAACCUUUCCCACUCAAGAAAGCCCUGGCCAUGAAAGACAACGAUGUUAGGGCAAAAGGGGCACAAGUGACCCCAGCGUCACAGGCACUGUUCUCCAUCCCCCAGUCAGAGGAGUCAAGCUCGGGGAGCGAAACCAAGGUCACCACUGCUGCCAAAGUUCCGGCAGUGCAAACACUGGAAGGGCUGGAAGUGAAAAAGAAGAAGAAAAAGGAGAAAAAAGAAAAGAAGGAAAAGAAGAAACCUUCCUCCACGGCAGACAAGGCUGUGAAAACAUCGAAGAGCAAAGACAAAGAGAACAAGAAGCAGAAAACGGCUCAGAAGCGGAAACUGCCAGGAGAGGAUGGGGCUGUUGGGCAGCCCAAGGAGAAGAAGCGGAAAGGGCACGGCAAUGAAGAAGUACCCAAGAAGAAAAAGAAGAAAGCAGCUGGUGACCUGGAGAAGCUGCCAGGCAGCAAGGAAAAGAAAAAAUCAGCUAAAAAAAAAAAGACUGGAAAAGAAAAGAAGAAGAGCAAAAAGGUGUCUUCGGAAGGGGAGCCGACAGCAGAUGGCUCUGCUGAGGUUCACAAGAAGAAGAAGAAGAAGAAGAAAACAGCUGAGCGUGAAGGAUUGUGA